GAUACUGAUCAAUCCACAAAAAAUGCAUCCAUGUUAUACUUCUUCGUCUGUCUUGUCUUCACCUGUCACUACUACUUUUCAAUCGUCACAGUCAUUAAGUGCAUCAUCUCAACCGGUAUACUAUCAGUCCUCUAGAAAUCAUAUGCCCAAGACAAAUUUAAAUGAACAGUAUAACUUAACCGAUAGUCGACAUCAUCUUUAUCAAAAUGUUGUGGUUCCUAGCCCAUCCAUGCAACAUAUUCCCAAUUCAUCAAAUCAUCAUCAGUUUGCUCAUUAUUCGCAACCUCAUAUCUCAACAACCAUUUCAUAUCCAUCUUAUAACUAUUAUCAGAAUAAUUCUAUACAUUCUCAAUCGAAUGUUAAUAGUGGUUUGUCUAUUGUGGGCCAUCCACAUGCAUUCAACUCUACAAAGAAUUAUAUUGUACAUCAAACGAAAAAUAGCCCAAUGCAAUCUGUAAUCAAUAAUAAUGCUACUACGAUUACUUCUACUACUACUACGACGCACGAAACAUUUCAAUAUAACAAUCCUUCUAUAAUCAUGAAUAUUCAAUCACAAAUUCCACAUUCUCAAUAUUGUGAUCCUUCCAAUGUCAAUCGUCAACCUUCUAAGCGUCCUCGACCACCGCCACCACCACCGCCGCCUCGUAGUGGUAGUUGGAUUGGUAAAAUAUCCGUUUCAACACCUACAAUGAAUGGUUGUCAUACAACAAAUCUACCAUAUUAUAAUGGUCAGUAUAAUCAUAAAUCACCAUCUACAUACUCUCAACUCAAAGGGAACGCGCCGCACUCUGAUGAAAAUUCUACUACAACCCAGAAAUCUUGUCAUGCUUAUGAUAAUACAUUUUCACCAAUUUCGAAUAGUUUCGUUGGGACGAAUUCACAAUCAAACUUUAAUAAUCUAUCAAAUCACUUAUCUACUGACGCUUCUCAAACUGACCAAUCAAUUUCAAAACGUCCCGUAUCACGUGGACAACCACAACAGCCAGAAUAUCGACGACAGCAGCAAUUACAUCAACAAAUUCCAAAUCAACCUGUCAGAACACUAUCACGUAGUAAUAAUACUAAUACUAAUAGUAGUAGUAGCAAUAAUUGUCAAUCGUCACCGUCUAUGCUCACUACCGCCACCCGACCACCAUGUCAAUCUGUAAUCAUAAACACCACAAAUAAUCAUAAUAAUAAUAAUAGCCGUAAAGAAGUAAUUGAAGCUUUACUCAAUCUAUUAAUAUGGCAUCAUCCAGAGAUAGAUUUUACAAAAACUCAGCAUCUUACUGAAGAAAUUCAAACAUUUCAUACAAUUCUUUUGGACUGGUUAGCAAAAACUGAUUAUCAUCAAAAUCAAUACAUGACUGGUUUAUCGAAUCUUUCAACAACACCGACGACGACGGCGACAACUAUACCGAUUGCCCAGUAUACACGUCGUAUAUUGACACAUCUGAUAAGAAUUUUGUAUAGUGAUGCAGUUUAUGAAGAGGAACCAGUGACCGAUGAUCAAUUGGUGAAAGAAAUUGAUAAAGAUGAAGUAGGCGAUGAUGAAGGUGAUGAUGAAGGCGAUUGCAUGAAUGCAUUAGUGACUAAUCGGAAAGAAUAUGCUACUACCACUACUACUAGUAAUAAUAAUAAUAAUAGUAAUAAACAUGAUGAAGAAGGAGAUAAUAAUGAAUAUGUGGGAUUUCCUUCAUCGUUGUUACAUUCGAAUACGAAUGAAUGCAAUCAGUCGUCGGUUUAUUCAUGUAGACAACAAAAUGGUUGGACAAAAAGUGAGAAGAAUACAUUGGAGAAAAAAUCAUCAUCUUGUCUAACAAAUAUAUCAACCACUGCCAGCGUCGACAGUAACAUUCUUCAUAGUAAUGGGAAUAAUUUCAAUCACGGUAAUUUAACUGAUUCCAAAAUUCUACCACCGAAUACAUCUUUAAUGGAAUUAAAACUUGCUGCUAUGGAGGCAAUUCAUAAACUUGUGCCAUUAUGUCAACCAGAUCCGAAUUUGUAUGAAAGAGAUAUGGGCAUUGUUCAAUUAUUAACUUCCAUUCAUCGUUAUACAUUGAAUCUAAACGAAUCUAUGACACAACUGCUCCGCCACUCACGUGAUCAUCAGAAUGUUGUGACCAAUGGGAAUAAUAAUAAUGAGAAUGCCAGGAUCAAUAAGAAAUGUAUCAAUAACAGUAAUAAUAACAAUGGUAGAAUGUUGAACAUUGAAUUAUGUAGUGCUUGUCCAGUCGCGGAGGUUGCUGCUCUAGUUCGUCUAUCAUUUGAUUCAUUACAUCGUAAUGCUAUUUGUGAAUUAGGUGGAGUUCACGCAUUGAUAUCGUUAUUACGCAUAGAACAAAUGAUCUGGUCAUUGGCGUCGUUGCCGCCGUCGCCGUCAGCAGAUACUGUGGGGAAUAAAACGGCACCACCAUCAUCAUCAUCAGCAGCAUCAUUCAUAACAAAUAAUCAGCAUUUCACUACAACAUUAUUAGAGAAUAGUUUAGCCUUGAGACGUUACAUUUGUAUGGCUUUAACAAAUUUAACUUAUGCAGCACCAGAGAAUAAAGCGUUUAUUUGUCGACGUCUAGCCAAUUUAGAAGCAUUGUUAGCUCAAUUGGAAACAGGCAAUGAAGAAUUGAAACAAGUAUCAGCCAGUGUAUUACGCAAUCUUAGUUGGCGUACAGAUAAUAGAAGUAAAGCUGCUCUUCGUCGUGUUUGUGCUGCUAAACGUUUAACAAUUGCUGCUAUGAAUGCACAACGUGAAAGUACUUUACGAACUACGCUUAGUGCUCUAUGGAAUCUUAGUGCACAUUGUUCUCAAAACAAACGAUCUGUAUGCAGUGUGGAUGGUGUAUUUGAAUUUCUACUGAAAAUGUUACAUCUUCAAAAUCCUAUACAAAAUUUAAUUAUUAUCGAAAAUAGUGGUGGUAUUUUACGUAAUAUCUCGACAAUUAUCGCUUCGCAUGAUCAUUAUCGGUCUAUACUUCAUCAACAUAACUGUUAUCCAAUUUUAUUGAACCUAUUACGUAAUCCACCAAGUUUAACAGUUGUAGUGAAUGUAUGUGGAACGCUAUGGAAUCUGACGUGUUCCUCUUCUACAAUGAACGAUAUAAACAAUAUGCCAACUAGUAACAACAACACUACUACUGAUAAUAACAAUAUCAGUAGUAGUAGUAGUAGUAAUAAUGAUCGUUUACUUCUAUUACACUUGGGUGCAUUAGAUUUAAUUCAACAAUUAACUCAAUCAAAACAUGAUUUAAUACGUACUAGUUCAUUAGCUGUUUAUUGUAAUUUAAUACAAACUAAUAAAUCAAUGCAUGACAAUUAUGUUGACAUCUCAUCAAUGUACAACAAUGCUACGAAUCAGCUGAAUGAAUCCUCUUCGUCCCCAUUGUCAACAACAACAACAACCAAACCAAUCAUGAAUCAGUUGAUUGCACGUACUUGUGAUAAUAAUAGUAAUAAUAAUGAUCAUAUGACGGUGUGCAAUACUACUCAUAAUAGUGGUAGUAGUAGUACUGCUGAUACGGUUGGAGUGCAGCAACAGCCACAACAACAACAACAUCAACUAACUUGUAAACGUCGUAUCGCAUCAUCAUCAUCAUCAAGAACAUCUAGACUUCGUUUCGGUUUACUAUCUGUUGUAUUCGAAGCAGAAAGUGAUGAUGAACUGGAGGAUGAUGACGAAGAUGAUGAUAUUGACGAGGAUGGCGAUGAGGAUGACGAAGAGGAUGAAGAUGUGCCGCCGCCGCCACCACCGCCUCCGCUCCCUGAUGAUCCUGUAAAUGCUGAUCAACUAGACUUUGGUAUCCGACAAACUCAUCAACAUGUUGACUAUGAAUUUUCUAACAAUACUUAUUCAAAUAUUCCUAGGAAAUUAUUGAAUCAUAAGAAAAAUUCCGAAAGUUUAUGUGAUGAUGAUAGUCAAUUUAUAUUGACUGAACCAACUAGUGAUCAUCAUCAUCAUCAUCUUCAACAUUAUGAAGUAGAACAACCACAACAAGACGACCAACAGUCAUCGAAUUGGUACAAUCAAAUCAACUGUUGUCAUCAUACACAUCCACACCAGCAUCAUCAUCAUCACGUUGCUUAUCAUUUUAAUCAUAACAUGCCGUCGGGUGUCGAUGUUGAUGUUGACGAAGGCGAACAAACAUGUGUUUACGCUGAAGAAGGUACACCAUUCUUGUCGAAUUCCACUGAAGGAUCUUGUUUAGAAUUGCAUCAAUCAAAUGAAUUAUUUUUAUUGGAUAAAAUUAAUACCAACUAUCCUAGUCAUCAGAAUACAAACGAUAAUGAUUCCAUACCGCAUAUUUAUGCUGUCGAAGGUACACCGACAAACUAUAAUGAUGAUACACAGUCAAGUUAUGCAACUAGUUUGAAUCAUAGUGAACUUCAAUUAAAUUUAAUUGAAUUGAAUGAUUUCAAUAAUAGACAAGAUGUCGGUGGCGAUGAUGAUGAUGAUGAUGUUGGAGAGGAUGAGGAGGAGGAUGAAGUCGGUUAUUUACCUUCACCACCGGAAGAUAUUUCUGCACUCGUUUCACCAUUACUAUCAAUGCAUGUUACGGAACAAGAACGCACAACAAUUGAUUCAAGUGCUGUGAGCAGUCAAUUUCCUAUGCCACCAUCACCUCCGCUGCUGCCACCGCUGCCCGCAGCGCCUGCAUCAACCGCAGCUGUAAUUUGUCAAGAAUAUGAUUUACUCUCAUCAAAACAAACUCCAUUGAUUUAUUCACGUGGUACAUCGUCCUAUUUAUCGUCGGUAGAUUUGAAUGGUGCUGAUGAUGAUGAUGAUGAUGAUUGUCAAUCAUUGAGAGAAAGUGAAUAUUCAAGUCGACAGAAAAGUGAAUUAUUAUCAAUUCAGGAUGUCAAUGUAGAUGACAGUAAUAGUAAUAGUAAUAGUAGUAACAGUAGUCGCAGUAAUGAUAACAUUACUACCUCUUCUAAUAGUAGUAGUAGUAGUAGCGGUAGUUGUUGUUGUACUACUAAUGAACAAAAUCCACACUCGAAUCAUGAAUUCUAUGAAAUCAAUAGUUGUGCUGAUGAAGAUGUACGUUUGGCGUUUGCUGAAGAAGGUACCCCGCCACCGCCUACAGCCCCGCUACCGUUGUUACCAUCGAGUGUACCUUUACACGAUACCAUGUUGUUGAUGUCGGUGGAAAAUUCCAAUCCAUUAUAUUUCCAUCAUCAUUAUAAUCAAACUGACAUGAAAACUAUAAAUAAUUGUAGUACAGUAAUGGCAGACGGUGACGAUGUAGACGCCGACGAGGAUGCCGACGACGUCGAUGAUGAUGGCGAUAAUCAUGAUCAUCAUAUGAAAAAUAAUGAUUCAAAAAUAUUACAACAAUGUAUCGCUUCAGCAAUGCCAUCCAAUAAUAACUUCACAUCAUUUAUCACACCGACUACAACAGCACACGCAUCAACAAAUAUUCUUUAUACCGAUUUAGAUGACACCUUGAAAACAUUCGCUGUGGAAGAUACACCACCAUUGGAUAUGUCAACAACAAAAUUGAAUUCAUUCAAUGAUUUAUUAAUGAUGACUAGAGCAGAAAUGAAUAAGGCAGUUGACGAUGAUAAUCUACAACGAGUUACAUCCACAACCACUUCCAGUUCUUUGAAUGACGAUGACGAUGACGUAGAUGAGGAUGACGAUGACGAUGAGCAUCAUAAUUCAUCAUCCUCGAAUUUCUUAUUAACUGAAGUAAUCCAAUCAGCUAUGCCAAAAUCUGGUCAAAUUAAAUUAACGAACUAUUAUCACGCUAAUAAUAAUAAUAAUAAUAAUAAUAAUACUGACUGUUUACAAAUGUGUUCACUUGAUCAAGAUGAUGAUACUGCUUCAUGUAUAAUAAUACCUAUAAUGAAUAAUAAUACCACCACGCUGACAUCAACAGUGACGACAACUUCAGGUGAAGUGUUGUUAACUGCUUCUGAGAUGCCGUCGAUGUUUUCAACUGCUUCAUCAUCAUCAUUAUUAACAUUUUCUGUUCCGUUGAAUACAAUUCGGCCGAUUCCACCAAUUCGUACAACAUCGACAUUAACUACUACGGCUGCUGGUGCUGUUGCUACUGCUAGUAGUAGUGGUAGUAGUAGUAACAGUAGUAGUAGUAGUACUAGUAGUAUAGAUCCAUUUAUUAAAAUUUCUGAUUUGAUUAGACCAUGUGCAACAGUUGCACCAAUGUUACAAAGUGAAUGUUAUUCAUUGAAUUCUCCGAUUGUUUCACGUUCACAAAAUCUAUCAGAACAAUCAUCUAAAUCAUGUUUACAAUCCAUUGAAAAUAAGCCACAAACUGAUGGUAUACUUGUACCGAAUUCCUCUAUACCAUCAUCAUCAUCAUCAUCAUCAUCAGCAUCGUCAUCAUCAUGUCGAUUUCAUUGUAAUAUCACCACGGAUAAAGAUGAUGGCAGUUCAUUUUCAUCGUUGCUUAGUAUUGAAUCCGUUGGAAUGGAACAUUCAUUAUUACAAGAAUGUAUUACAUCGGCUAUGCCACGACCGAAAUCAAUAUCACUGCUGCGUAAACAACAACAACAACAACCAUAUUGUCAACAAAAACCAAUAGUAGCAUCCACAUGUUCAAUCUCAUCAGCCUCGGCAUCGACAACCUCGUCGUCUUCGUCAUCGUCAUCCUCGUCUUCCGCAUCACAACAACAGCAACAACAACCGUCGAUAUCGACAGCUUUAAAGUUAGACACAACAGAUCAUCAAUCUUUAGUGAAUAAUAAUAAUAACAAUCUUGACAAUGACUAUAAUGAGUUAAAUAAUCAUGUAGGCGAGAAAGGUGAAGUGUCUAAUCAUUGUCAAAUACCAACGAAACUACUACAUCCGUAUAGAGUGUCAAAAAGUUCAUCGUAUACAUCACCACAAAAUAAGAUCAAUAAUACUAAUACUACUACUAGUAGUAGUGGUAGUGCUAGUAGUAGUAGUAGUAAUAGUAAUUUGCACAAGUCUAAAAUACCUAGUCAUCAUUUGAACAAUAAGACAACAAAGUCAACUAAUAAUCAUAAUAAUAAUACUAGCACAUCUCGAUCGUUUAUUGGUGGCGCUGGCGGUAGUAAUACCGGUACAAUACAUUUUUUAGAUCAUGGCUCCGACGAUGUACAACAACAAAAACAUUUGCAUCAGACUACAAUUCCAACGACAGUAAUGAUGAAGAAAAAGACGACAGUCACAUCCAAACAUAUUGACAAGAAUAUUGUUUAUAGUGGAAUAUCUCAUUCUAUUACUUCGACUACUCCGACUACUACUACUACUACAACUAACACGACAGCUGUUGUCAAUGUGAAUAGUAAGAAUAGUAUUAGUAGUAAGAAUACUGAUAAAAAGCUUAACUGUGCAUCAUUCGGAGCUAAUACUAUUACAAAUGCUAAAAAUCACAAUGAAUCCAAGUUAUCAUCGUUAAAAUGUAAUAAGAAUAUCAACAACCUGACUAAUAGUAAUGAAGGUUAUGUACCUCGUCGGAUUAUUCCUCCAUCAACAAUGUCCACUGUCCAAUGUUCACUACCGACGUCAAAUACACAAAAAUCCGGUUUGCCGACACCAUCUUCCGUUAUGUCCAAACCAAUUAGUAAUACAUUGAACAGUAGUGAUUUUUCACUAAACAAACAAGAUAUUAACGUGAUUGAUGUACUUGAUGCUGAAGAUAUCAGUGAACUGCUACAACAAGGCGCUAAGACUGUUGUUUCCGACCUGAUGAAACCAUGCAAUAAUGAAACUGUUGAUGAUGAUGAUGACGAUAUCAAUGAAAAGAAUCAUGAUUUUUACAAUGAAUUAAACGAUACUACUAAUAAUACUACUGAUAAUAAUCAUAAUAUUCAUCACAACAACUCUCAAUCAAUGAGCAAUAAUUCCAGUUUAGAACUUUUACCAGAAUUCACUGAAUUGGAACAAUCUAUUCCUUCUUCCGAUAAUAAUAAUCAUCAUCAUUGUAGUAAUAAAAUUAUUGAGACUAAAUCAAUGAAAUCAGGUCUUGUGCCACCAUCAACAUUGUCCAAGGGUAUGAUGAUUAGUCAAGCAUCGAAUAAAACCUCAUCCAGUCCGAAUAUUUCAAUGUCUAAUAUUCAACCGCCAAAGUAUAAUGCUGCCGGUGCUGCUGGUGCUACUGCGGCGGCUGUUGCUCCGCCUGUUCAUCAUCAAUUGUCAAAUAAAUCGCUGAACAAUUCGAAAUUCAAUGCUAAUAGUCAUUGUAAUGUUAGUAAAAUUGGCAAGACUGUCAUAUCAACUAAUUCAUCAAAUCACAUUUUAUCCAAUGUCACUCAUCAAAUUACUAAUGAUAAUCACAAGAAAAUCAAUAAAAGUCAGCCUAACCUUACAAAUCAUAAAAAUACUUCAAUUAAUAAUAAUGGUAACACAAUUUAUAAAUACAAAAAACCUGUUAUCCAUCCUGUAACAACACCAACCACAACAGCAACGAUAAACAAUUAUCCUAAAAAUUCCAUUAAACCUACGAUUAAAUACCAGCAACCACACCCACAAUCACAACCACAUCAACGACUACAUCAUCAUCAGCGUACUGCAAUGACUGAACCACCGUCAGUACAAAAUCUUUCUCAAACUUGCUCUAGUAGUAGUAGUCGAUCAGUGUCUGGUGCGAAUUCCCUAUCGAAUUUAAAAUCAACACAUUCAGUGACAAAUAAUAAUGGAUCGAUGAAUACUGUUGUUCAAUCUUCACGUAAUCAUCAUCAUAAUAAUAAUUCAAAACCUACUGAUAUUCAUCAACCUACUACUGUAUCUAUGGAAUCAGUGUAUACAGCUUUAGUGAAACAGAAUAAACAACAACACCAUUCACCGAAACGUCCAAUGAAAACGAAUAAAGCUUCAAAUAAUAAUCAUAAUAGCCUACUACUCUAUGCUAAACAUUCAUCAUCACAUAAUCGAUCAUUGAGUACACCGAACAGCCGUGUUGCAUGUCAUUCUAUUGAACGUCCUACUGUUACUACUACUACUGCUACUACUACAGUAAAAUUACAACAACAGUCUAAAGAUGUGGACACAUUUCAUGGAGUGAAUAAUCAUCAUCAUCAGCAUCAGCAUCAUCAACGCGCCCCGAUGACAUCAUCAUCGGCGUUAGCAUCGUCAAUAGCUUGUGGCAAUUCAGUGAUCAAUACUCAAACAGUUGAUGGUGCCGAUACUAAUCAUAAUCAUAACACGCCACAAUUAUCCAAUGUUCCUAAACCUAUACGUGGUGGACGAAAAUCUUUGAUGGGACGAAAAAUCAGUCCAUCUACUGUGAAUAUGAUGACAACUGGAUUGAAUAAUAAUAAAAUACCAGUUGCUGUUAAACCGAUAUCAGCUGUGAAACCAACUCCUCACUCGUUAUCGAACAGUAAUAAUACUACUACUAGUAACCAUGAAGAUGAUCAAAAUUCCAAAACUCUACUGGAUGAGCAAUUUGACAAGUUACCUAAUGACAAUGAUAACGUGAAUUCAUUAAAAUUGAUGAAUGGUUAUGCAAAAUGUGAAGUUGUACGAAAUCCUGAUAAACCUAUUUCAAAUAUUACUAAUGAUACUACUUAUAAUGAUGAUAAUAGUAGUAAUAAUAAUAAUAUGGAUGAUAAAUUAGCGACUACACCUCCUGGUAUGUGGAUUGUACGUGAUGAUUUUGACAUGGUCAUUGAUGAAUGUCAUUAGAAAGUUAAAAUGGCCAAGAAACAUUAAAUCAAAUCAAAUCAAUGAUUUAUCUAUCUAUGCUACCGGUUCUCACUUACUACUGCUGCUGUUCUCCUCAUUUUAAUAUAUUUAUGCUUUUAUUAAUAUUUACUACUUAAUUGUGUUGUUUUCAGUAGUUUAAAAUAUUUCAUUGCAUUUUUCUUGCCUAUUGGAUGUAUUCUUCUUCUGAUAUUUGAUAGAAUAUUAUUAGUGAAAACAAUAUAGAUAUAUAUUUAUUUAAAUAUGAUUACUUUACUUUACUUUACUUUUCAUUUUCCUAUUCAUUAAUAUUCAUUAUUUUCUUGUUGUUGCUGGUGUAAAAGCACACUGGAUUUUCUUUGAUAAACACGUUAAAAAAAAGAGGGUGUGAAGAAUUACUUUCCAACUCCACUUAUUUACCUAUCUAUCAUCUCUGAUACCAAAAGAAUACACAGGGUAUACACAUAUAGUUAUUUAUCUCUCUAAUUAUUUCUAGACAAAUCUAUCGAUUUGAGUGAGUGAGUGAGUGAGUUGAACAGGGCAAGAAUCUCUUUUGAUAUGACAGACGACUGGAAUAAUUCAUUCAUUUAUUUCCUAAAUUAGUUGUGUGUUUUCUCUCUUCUCCUUCUCUGUCUGUGUGUAGGUGUAGCUUCCUUUUGGUUUUCUCCAUGUGUAUUUGAUUAUUUAUUUGUACACGUAGAGAGCUACGCUUACACACACACACACACACAUCAUAGUAUCUUUUCUCUUUUUCUUUCGAACCUCAUCAUCAUCAGCAUUAUGGAUCAC